AUGAGCUCUUCUACUCAAUCCCAUAAAACUGAUUCAUCUUCUUCUGAUAAUUCAUCUUCUAGAAUUAAAACUAGAUCCAAAUCAGCUCUCAAAACUCAUUUUUCCAAUACACUCACAACUCUCACACCUAUUUCGACACCUACUCUCACUCCAACUUCCACAUCCACUUCCACAUCCACUUCCACAUCCACUUCCACAUCCACUUCCACUUCCACUUCUGUACAUUCGUCAUCGAUGAUAUCUGAUAUCACUUCUAUCUCAUCCUUAGAAAUGGAUACUAUCGAACAGCCCAAUUCACCUAUCCCAAUGGCAGCUGGAAUCCCUAUUCCGCAACCGAGUAUUACAUCUUCACUUCAUUCUCCAUUGAAAGCUCAUUUGAGUUUGAUUCAUCCUUCCACUCCUGAAGAGAUCAUACAUUUCUGCGCGACACGAUUGCUUUCUACUGAUAGGCCCUAUGGUUCCGAGGUGGACGACUGGAUACCAUUACAUCUCCAACCUAAUGGUGGAUUCGAUCUCUUGACUGCUGGAUUAGGUCUAGAAGCUUCAAAGAAUAUCAAAGAAAACCAAAUUGGGAAAGGUAAAGAAAUGGAUCAGGUUUUAGAGGAAAUGUAUCAGGUGGCAAAAGAGAGUUGGAAAAAACUGGAAAUGAUCUCUCCGAUUGGUAGUAAAGUGUAG